UUUUUACUCUUCUUCCUCCCUUCCCUUCUCUACUUUUUGCUUGCUAGUUACUACCAUACCACACCAUCUCUUUUUUUUUUUUUUCGCUUUUAGCAGUUGCCAUUCAAAAAUUCCAAGUUGAUUCUGAAUUAACAAUACAAUUGCAAAGUUGAAUCUGUUCUACGUGCAGUUUAUAAUCAAAGCUAUAGUCCAAUCUAAUUUUAGUUUGGGAUAAAUUUCUUUUAAGGGGGUGGCUGGGGUAUACUACUUUUAGUGGAAGAACAUCUUUACAUUUCAAAGACAAUGAUUGUGUCAUUCACCGGGUGCAUUCUGUGGAGAUUGUACUCGAUUCUUGACACAAAAUCUAGUGUUUAUAAAAGCUUCUACUUUUGGAUUUUCCACAUUUUUAAUAGAUUCAGCCUUGGCACUUAGCGCCACACUUGUUAACUUUCUUGGCUCUGCUUCUACUUCUCUUCUGUUCUGAUCUAAAUCUAAUUUUGUAUUUAGUUUGUUCUGUUUCCCUUUUUGCCUAUCAAGUCUUUCGUUUCCUCUAAGUUACUAAGCAAUAAUGGAAGGGGGAUCAUUGCCACCAGGUUUUAGGUUCCAUCCGACCGAUGAGGAAUUGGUUGGAUAUUACCUGAAAAGAAAAACUCAAGGACUCGAAAUUGAGCUUGAAGUGAUCCCUGUCAUCGAUUUGUACAAGUUUGACCCUUGGGAGUUGCCUGAGAAAUCAUUCCUUCCGAAGCGAGAUUUGGAAUGGUUCUUUUUCUGUCCCAGGGAUCGAAAAUACCCGAAUGGCUCAAGAACAAACAGAGCUACCAAAGCUGGCUAUUGGAAAGCUACCGGAAAAGAUAGGAAAGUGGUUUGCCAAUCUGCGACCGGCUACCGUAAGACCCUAGUUUUCUACCGGGGACGUGCUCCUUUAGGAGACCGAAUGGAUUGGGUUAUGCAUGAGUAUCGGCUCUCUGAUGAACCUUCUCAAGGAUCAAACAAUCAGGGUGCUUUUGCUUUGUGUCGUGUGGUGAAAAGGAAUGAACCGAGGGCGAGUGAUGCGCAUGGAAAACCAAAAGCCAUGAGGGUGGGGAACAGGUCGAGCAAUGUGGAACUUACCUCACCAAUGGUCAGCAAUGAGCCAUUGAGCAAUUCUGGUGAUAUUUCGUGUCAAACAAGUUACCCUAACAAUGAGAGUCGUUAUUCAAGCCCCAUCACUUCCCCUUAUCCUUAUGAAGUCACGCAAGUGCCACCUUUUGAGCCUGCUUCUGUGGCUACGGAUCCCACCAGCAUUUGGGUAUCACCUGAACUAAUUCUUGAUUCUUCAAAGGAGUAUCCACAAAUAUGUGAACCAGCAGCCCAGUACUUUCCACAGUAUGAGUUUCCAAGCUCACUGACCCGGUGGCCGCAAUAUGAACAGAGGGAGUUCUCCCCUAGUUCAUCACACUCGAAUUUUGGGGAAAUCGAACAUGUUGACGGUCUUGGUCACAUUGGCUGCAUGCCACCGUACUCAGAACAUGCAAAUUACAUGGACUUCUAUGGAAAUGAAGGCAAUGACCAGACUGGUUCAUUUAACUGUCCGAACCCUUUCUGAAAAAGGAAGGAAAAAAGCUCAUGGUGGUUCUUCUUUUUCCAAUGUAGGGUACGAAACUUCAAGCCAAGCUCCAAUUUGCUAGUGGAGGUGGGAAGUUGAGAGUAUGUGAUGAUGAUCUAUGGUUGCAAGAAGACAAUUAGGUGAUUGUGAUGUAAGGACAAAGGAGGGUCCUCACCAGUAUGAUCAAUGAAUGAUAGCUCCUAGUUUGUCAUAUCUAAGAAGGGGUCUCUAAGACGACGCCUUUUAAUGUUGAUUCUUGGAGUAAUAAAUAUAAGAAAACCCCUUCACUGCUAUCAGGGUCCAUUAAGAUUUCUGUGUCUUUGCUAUAUUCUGUACUUGGGCUGCAAUGAAAGCAGCUAAGUUUCUGUUUUGUGUUUUUCAAUACAAAAAUGACCCCCUGGUGGUUAAAAUAA